CUCACUUCGCUGUUCAGUUGACAGCGAAAUUUCAUGCGUGGUGGUCACGUUUGCGGUCGAUCGAUUUUUUGACAUUUCUACCGUGUGUUGUAAAUUACCAAAAUCAAACAAACAUAAAUCGUUGAUAUAAAUAUAUUGUUUUAAUUUGUUCGAUUUUAUCAAACAAAAUUAUUUAAUUUUCUUAAUAAACUAAUACCAUUCGAUUGUGUGUUAUUUAGUGAAGUGAAAAGUUCCGAAAUAUCUCAAGAUAAUUCAUUUAAAUUGGCUUUAAAUUGAAGUUGAAAAAUAUAAAUCAACAAAAAUAAAAGUUAUCCCUUUUUUAUUUUUCUUUUUUUUCUUUUUGACUCGGGCCGCAGAGAGAGAGAGAGAGAGAGAGCAAAAAGAUAGAAAAAUAGAAAAAGAAGCAGAAGAAUAAAAUUAAAAAUAAAAAAGAAAGAAAAUGUGUUAAAAAAUAGAAUAUUUUAGUUUGUUUAUAUUUAUUUUGUUUUGCUUAUUUACUUAAGCCGCUAAAUCUGCUCUUUGAUUUUGAUUUAAUUGUUUAAUAUUUUGAGCUUCCCUCUGCAAGUCGUGUGGAUUCGGUGGGAGUGUGAGAGAUUGUUUAAAUAUAAAGUUUAAAAAAUCAGUUUUACACAAUAUCACAAUGGAAGCAGUGUUAGGAAAAUUUAGAAUCCUCACGAUUGGAUUAUUGCUUUUUGCAUUUGCUGCCCCACCAGCUCGGGGACAUCUUAAUUUGUAUUUAAAUUUACAAGAAGUCAUGAGAUUAUUAGGUGUCUCAGCUGAGUUGUAUUAUGUCCGUGAGGGACAAGUCAAUGACUAUGCGUUGAACUUUGUUGUUCCGGUGCCGGCAAAUGUUCGCGACAUCGCAUUUACAUGGCAGAGUUUAGCCGGACGUCCGUUGCCUUAUAGUAUAAACGUGCAGUCAUCCGAUCCAGCUGUGCUGCCUCGACCAACACUCAAUAUAUCACAAAUCGGUGAGAUUCCAACGAACGUUCAGACCUUUUCUAUUGGCAUGAAGUGUUCUGGCAUUCGGCCAGCUGAAGUCGAAGUGACGAUCACCAUCGAAGUGAUCCUAAAUCGGGCAUCGAAUAACAUCACCGAAUUGGUUUUCCGGCGGAAGAAGAUCUGUAUGGCAGCCGAUCAGGAUGACAAUAAUGUUGACGAUCCAAUGCUCUUGGAGACAGUUGUUCCCCCACCGGCUGGCCUGAUCACACUUAUCGUCGGCGGUAUUCUGGCUCUGAUGCUGGUUGUGAUUCUGAUAGUGAUCGCUUAUUGUGCUCGUGGGCCAUCGAAACGUCAAAAUCACGGCCAACCAAUGAGAACGUCGAGCUUCCAACGCCUUCAAACCAAUCCGCCGUGCGGGCCUUACAUAUCGCCGUCGAUUAUCGCUCCCAUUCACUCGACCCUUCCGCGAAAAAUCGAACCACAACAACCUGAAGAACUGCAUCGUCGAAUUUCCGAAUUGACUGUUGAACGUUGUCGCGUUCGAUUGUCCAGCCUGUUGCAGGAGGGCACCUUCGGCAGAGUCUACAAAGGAACCUACAACGAGAAUCAAGAUGUCCUCGUGAAGACAGUUGCUCAACAUGCCAGUCAAAUGCAAGUUUCGCUGCUGCUGCAAGAGGGAAUGAGUCUGUAUGGAGCCCUGCACCCUGGAAUCCUUUCCGUUCUAGGCGUUUCAAUUGAAGAUCACACUACACCGUUUGUUCUCUAUCAGGCUAUGAAUAAUAUGCGCAAUUUGAAGAUGUUCCUGCUCGAGCCGUCGUGUUCGCGAUCGAUAACAACAAUUCAAAUUGUUAUGAUGUCUUCGCAGUUGGCAAUGGCCUUGGGACAUUUACAUAGUCAUGGAGUUGUACACAAGGAUAUUGCAACAAGGAACUGUGUUAUUGAUGAUCAACUACGUGUAAAACUCUCUGACAGCUCUCUAUCUCGAGAUCUCUUCCCAGCUGAUUAUAAUUGCUUAGGUGAUAGUGAAAAUCGUCCUGUCAAAUGGAUGUCAUUGGAAGCUCUACAAAAGAAACAAUUCGCUGAAGCAAGUGACUCCUGGUCAUUUGGUGUUCUUAUGUGGGAAUUGUGUACGUUUGCCAAACAACCUUAUGCCGAAGUUGAUCCUUUCGAAAUGGAACAUUAUUUAAAAGAUGGUUAUAGAUUAGCACAACCAUUUAAUUGUCCUGAUGAAUUAUUUACAAUUAUGGCAUAUUGUUGGGCCCUCUUGCCAGCCGAACGACCCUCAUUUGCUCAACUCCAAGUCUGCCUAACAGAUUUUUACACACAAAUUACGAGAUAUGUUUAAAUAUUUUAUUUAAUGUUUUAUUAUAUAUCUAAAGUUAAUUAAUUAUUAUUAUUUACUCGCUUAAAAAUCUAGUUAGACAAAAAACAAAUAUUUUAUAUAAAAAUAGGGUAAAUAACACACACGCGAAACCAACAAACACACACCACAAAAACACAUACACAAACUGACACAUUUAUAGAUACUUAUAGAUUUAGUCACAGGUGCAUUUACAUAUGGAUUUAUAUAUAUAGUAUAUAGA